AUGGCUGAAACUGUUCGAGGACCUGAAUUUGAUCAACGAAAUACUUUAAAAAUGCCGCCCAGUGCUUCAAAAUACGAAAACAAUGAAGCAGCAGUGGCAGAAGGUGUUCCUCCUUUAAAGCCUUACACUGGUGAGGUUCUUUUGCGUGAUUGUGGCACUGCUCCAAACACACAAGAGUAG